GUUUGUUAGUCAUAGCUCCGGUUUGUUCCGCACCGAGCGCGCUCCGUAUGAUGUGAAAAUGACUGAGAUCAACGUCAAUUUGGAAUCAUGGAUCAGCGUUUGAACGCACAAGCAAAUCCAAAUACGUGUUUGAAAAACUAAAUGAAGCCGCACGAAAAUACGAUCGCAAUGUCCUCAACAGGAGAGACGGUCUGAAAGAAAAAAGUACUCGAACUGUCUCGAGUUUCUUGAAGAUCUUCGCAAAAUCUAGUGGAAGUUCCAAUACGAGGACGAAUUGUGAGCACGUUCAUUUUUUUUUUCAAAUCACAGUGUGAAUCUGGUUGUUUUGUUGAAGUUUUAUGUUUACCAUUUUCGCGUUAGCAAGAGCACAAAUAUUACCUCUAUAACCUUGCUCUAUGUUUCCAACAUACUCUAAAAAGAGAUACCCACUGACUCCCAAAUUGCAGCGUAGAGUAUGAUAAAGUAGUGUAAAAGGAACAGAAAAGCUAUUACUACUCGCUUGCGAGUAGAUUCCCCAAACCGAAAAAAUGCCAAAGUCUACUGCGUCUCCAAACUCGGCCGCGAUCCCAAACCCGGGGAAAAAUAGCGGGGACCCCCAAGAACAGACCGGCGGAGAACACAGUGAAAAUCUGUCCUGCAAAAUGAAUGACAACAUUAUUCUUUGCAAAAAUCAAGACACUCGUCCCGCCCAGCUACAAGAACUACUACCCAGGACGUCGUCAACAAGCACUCCCGAAGAUGCAAAAACGCAGCGGAAAGGCAGCGAGAACUCGAUUUCCGAUAACCAAGAAACCGUUUUGCCCACGACACCCAGCCAAGAUAUCAAAUGUAAAAAUGUCUGGGUCUGGAAAAAUGCAACUUGUCAUGCUAAAUCUGAAGCAUGCAAAAAUCUGUUUUGCAUGAUUACCAAAAGUCGUCCAGUUUUGACCAAGUCGCGAGGGAGUUUCUCAUGCAGGAUAGGCAUGAGAGAGAUCGCGCAGAAUCUGUCAUGCUAGGUCCUGCAUUCCAGACCUCAUGGGUCAUGGAAAAGCUGCAUGACAAAUCGCGCAUUCUUCCAGACCCAGACAUUUUUACAUUUGAUACAAGAAUCGACCAGCCCGAACCUCUCAGCCACGAACGACCCGGAAGGGGAUAAUAUUCAGCAAAUUUUACUACUAUCGGAAAGAAAGUCGCCAGAAGAGAAAAUAGAAAGCGAUAACAAUGCUGGUGAAGACGACCAUGCGGAUGUUGGGCGUGACCGCCCUCGCAACAGCUUUUUCGACGAGGGGGAACAAAAUGGAGACGAGCCGAAUUAUUCACAGCUGAACGAUUCCGAAGAGAACUACAAUGGCAAAAAUCCUAAUCCGCUGGACGAGCAAAAGCAAGUGCAAGACCGACAAACCGGCAAGGAAUUUUUGGUCUCCGCCGAAGAAAAGUUGGAGUUGGGUAACAGCGACUUUGUUUCGCCACAGCAGAUGAACCACGGCGGCGAAUUGCUCCAGCCUCCUUCGUCCUCGUCCUCUUCUCCCGCAAGUAGAUCACAGCCUCAAGAACACGAGGCCCCGGUGAUGCACCCUUUACCCUCCGAUCUGAUGACCUUUAGCUCGUGCGCAGCGAAGAUGCUGCGGUUUGAGCGGGCCACCGGAGCCCGGGCGCUGCGCGGCCUGCUGGACCGCGAGGGGGAAACAAAUUUAUGCCUCAUCGACGUGGAGGCUAGCUGCGUGACGAACUCUAGUUGUACAACUACUCAAGGUGCUGUUACUCGUCGUGGUACAAUGGAAGGGGCAAAUAGCAUCGCUGUGAACUACAACAACGUCAAAAAUCACGAAAACCAUCCAGGAGCUGUUCUUGCACUAGAUCAUCAUCAGGCGCAGCCAAAUUGCUUUCUCCACAUUCCGGAGAAUGUAAUCGCGGAAGGACAUCACGAUGCGGAAGAUUCCCGGUCGGUUCGGAGCUUCCUUACGGCGGGCGGGACCGCGAUGCAGAUUCCCGGCAACGUGACGCACACGGCCAGUAUGCACACGGGCAGUCUGCCCUCGGUCCGCUUCCUGACGAACACGACAACCACGCCCAUGCAGCAGUAUCGGCAGACCACGGGGGCGAGCAGCACGGUGGUGCCGUUCUUCCCGAGUGAAGGAGGUGAUCUGCUCCCCGGGGGGGAACAAACGGGACAAGCGGGCGCGCCAAAUGAAUCCCCUAGAAGUGCCAGGACCAGUCGCACAGAAGUCUCGGAAGAUGUGGGGUUGACGCCGGGCGGCCGGCACGUGCGGCAGUUCACGUUUGACGCCUGCGGCAACUGGGUGGAGCAGGUAGUGCCGGUGGGGGAGGAUGGAGAGGUAGCCGAGGUGGAUUAUGUCGAAAAAAAGGAAGCGGUAGAAGAUGUUGCUGCAGCCUGGGCCGGCCACCGCGACGAGGGUCUGUCCUCGUCGUCCCAGGGUUUCUUUUUCAACAACCAACCGUCGAAUUUUUCCUAUGCGAAUCGACCAGUCGGAGAUGGGGGCUUGGGCUUCCUGUCCUCAACCUCCUCCGGGGUCGCGAAUAACAAUCAAUCGAAUCAUAUCGGCGCGACCAUAACAACCACCGGGCAGGCAGGCGUCGUUCCUGCAACAAACAACUUUCGGACCACAAAUAAGGCCGCGCUGCAAACCGGAGCGGUUCUCGGGGGCAGUACAACAAUAACUUCGCUAGAGCAGCAACAGUCCUCUGCAGAGCCGGUGUACACCAGCAGUGGAUGUGAUGUGACAAGAACCCAGAUCAACGUGAGCAGUCGAGCUGAUGUGGUCUAUGGUAAAAAUGCGCCUGUCUACGGUGGUGCAGCCACGAACAAUUCCAACAACUGCAACUCCACGGCCGUGAAUUACGACUCCGCAGAAACACCGCCGGCGCACUACGAUAGCAUGAGCAUCAAUGUCGAUUCGAGGGAACAAGUGCAGCAGCAUCAUCUUCAAGAAAUGCCACCAGCGCCGGUUGUGCCGGUGUUGGCGCACGAGCUGGAUCGCGGGAGGUCGUCGGUUUUGCUGGUAGAAGACGACAAUCGCAAUACUAAAACCCGUACUACCAGUUCCAGGAUGGCUAGUUUUUCCAAAGCAGCUCCUGCCUUUUUCGAUCACCAGCCCCCGUCGUCCAGUUGCUCGAGCGUUGGAGUAGGCGCAGUUCCCCCACCCGGUCAAGAACAUCAGAAAAGCAGCACAAAUAGUAAGCCGAAUGAAGAUGUUGAUGUUGAGAAUUAUGCUAGUAAUAGUCAAUACAACUAUCACGACGACGAAGAGGAGGACCACCGGCGGCAGUCGUGCGAAUCCGACAGUUCCUACUGCCAGGUGCAGCAUGUCGUCCACGUUCAAGAACCUCCUCUGGCGCGUACGCGGACCAUUCCGAGUUUGAAAUUUGACGAGAGUGUGUUGCGGUCUCUGCACCUUGGAGGUGGAACAAAUACUGCAGCGACAACAUCGACAAUGGGCAGGAGAACCAGCUCGAGCCACCAGCUGCGCGACGAAGUAGAGAACUACAGCAGUUCCGGCACGACGUUCUUCCGUGACGCUAUCCGGCGGACCAGAAGUAGAGAAUUUGGGGCAGUAGUACAACAACCGGGAGUUGUAGCAGCUGCCCCCCGGGUUCAAAUCAUGAAUCAACAGAGCUGCACCUCGAACCUGUCCUCCUCGAACCUGCAGGUCAAUAGCAGUACUAGUGGCACAGCAAUACUAAACCCGACGUCUUUAGAACGGAAGUUCUCUUCGCAUCUCUUCUACAACAGCAAUUCUUAUCCUUCGAAUGCAGCUCCUGGCGGCAACCAGCUGUUAACUAGCAAUUCGCACCAAACCGUUCUUUCGAUGACGACCCCCGGGCUUCUGCCCAUCCCGGCUUACUCCCCGGCGCCAUCCGCGCUGAAUUCGCUCGGCCCGCAGAGUGCGGGGGCGGAAAGCUUCAGCUCAGAGACACCUACGGCCGGAACAAAUAUAAUCAGCAACGCAAAUUAUUAUACGGGAACAAAUAGAGAGAACAAGAUCGGGAACAACCUGAACAACAGCAACAGCGGGCACAGUCAUAAUCAAUAUGGUCUUCAAUACCCGGCUGCGGGGACCACUGCUGCGCUGGCCGCGCAUCAACCGAUGAAUUCUAGUACGCUCCCUCGCAUUUCGCAGUUCACCUCGCCGGACGACUUGACGCCGGCCCGGCCCGGGCGGGUGAGUGCGUUUCCCGAGAUGAUUAACAGCCAGGUGCAGAUGUAUCCCUCCCGGCCGUGCAGCGGGUACUAUCCAUCGGUGACACAUAACCUCUUGACAACGUCCAACGGUGCUGACCAGCACUACAUGGCGCGACUGCAGCCGCUGCAGCCCGGGUUUUCCGGGCUCACGGAGCAGCAGGUGGCCACGCCAACCAACGCUAGUAGUAGUUGUACCCGACCAAACUCCUCGUCGGCUACACCAAAUAACGCGGCUUUGUUCUCAUCCCAGCAGUACAGUCAGCUACACAAGAUGCUCCAACUACAGCAGCAGCAUCAUGGUUGUGCUACAUCAUCAACCACCCGGGGGAGGAACAAAAGCAGCGCGACUCUUUACAGUAACAACGGUGCAGCCACCCCGAACAACCGGAUACAACAACAGUCAAACGCAAAUUCGAAGCCGCUGUCCCCUUACUCCUACCCGGCGACCGUUGUGGCGCAGGACUUUUUUGAGCUGGAGCAAAGUACGGGGAAAUGGCAGUUGCCGGACACGGUGCGAAAAAUGCUGGACGCGUUCAACAACGACGACUUACUGCGUGUGAAAAAGCGCGCCAACCGGAUCGCGGCCAGCGGCGGGAAGACGGGCGACAGCUUCCCGCUGUCCUCGGUGUUUGAUUGCCGAAAGCUUCACGUAUGAAUUGCAAAUAUGUCUGGGUCUGGAAGACUGCGAGAUUUGUCAUGCAGGUUUUCCAUGACCCAUGAGGCCUGCAAUGCAUGAUCUAGCAUCACAUAUUUUUAGAGGCCUUCCUGAUGCCUAUUCCGCAUGAGAAAUCCCCUCUCCGCGUAAACCAAACUGGACUUCUCUUGCUGCUCAUGCAAUACAGAUUUUUUUGGAAUCCAAAUGCAGCAUCACAAGUUACUUCCUUCCAGACCCAGACAUUUUUGCAAUCCAUAUCACGAGAAAUUAAGCGAUAAGGAGUGGGAGAACGCGGAAAAGGAGAUCGCGGAAAGUCUGCGCUGCAGUUUGACGCGGGGUGUGAAGAACAAGCAGGAGGCUGCUUUUGUUGGCAGUAGUUCUUGUCAACAAAAGACGUGCAGCGCUGCUUCUGGCGGUAGAAAUAACCCCUGUAGUAGUACUAGCGCCUCCUCAACAUCACCGGCCGUAGUUGGCGGCUCUUUGGAACAAGGAGCAGGGAAUAAUUAUGUUGAAACGCAGAAGAACAGCGAAGGCACGAAGGUCGUUCCUCCACUGCGUACCGCAAUUGCGACGACUUUGCACGAAGGAGCAGAAGCACGUUCAACAUGGGCGGACGAGAAAAAGGAAGCUCCAGGAGUAGAAGAAGUUGUACAACUUCCAGCACCAGCUUCAGCUUCUUCCCGACCUCCACCCCGGAAGUUCUCCACCGAUAAGCAGCUGCGCAAGAUGAAGACCUUUUCCUUUAGCGCAGCACCGGGUGGAAAUAGUAACGGGUUCUUCACACAAGAACCACUGGGCGAGGAGGACGACGAGAAGAAGGAGGAUCAUGAUGACACUGACAGCAAGAAUGGUUCUGGUGGAGCCCCCGCGUCUACUCCAGCAGGACUUGUUGCUAAAAGUCGCCUUUUAGAUGUCGUGGAGGAAGCGGAGCAGAGCCAGGAAGAAAUUGUUCAGGCUGAUGAAGAUGAAGGAGGUUCUGGUACAAGUAGGCCAACAGCGACGGUUCUUCAAGAAGAUGGACCAAAAGUUGUACAAGAAGCAGCUCCAGAGAAGAUGCAUGAUGAUGAAGAAACCUCCGAGCAGGAGGAGGAGCCGAGCAUCUCCCUGGACCUCGCCCAAACGCUGUCGAAGGGGCUGUGCGACUUGGCGAAGUACCUGGCGGAGCAGUGGCUGCUGGUGCCGGAGUGCGCGAAGGAGAUGCUCCGCCCGGAACGGGACGAGAACCGGCUGGUGUGGAUGGCGCAGUGCAUCGUCCGGUCCCCGGACGACGAGAAGUGCUCGGACGGGCCGCCGUGGCACAUCGACGAGCACUUCUACUACCUGCACGGCGUGAUCUCUUUUCUUUCCUGCACGACUGAACUCGUGGACAUCCGCGACGAGGUGCGGGAGUGCCAGGGCGGAGCAGUUCUCGCAGAAGAAAAGUUCGCGGAUCACGUCGUGCCGCCCGAGCACCAGCACCCGGACAAUGAAGUUUGUGCGGACGGGGAAAAGGAGGGAGAAGAGCAAAUAAACCUUCCGCCCUCCGCCUCCCCCCGUCCAUCUGCGGGAGACGGCCGCCUGCUCGAGGGGAUGGAGUUCAUCAGCGGCGUCCCAGCUCCGGGUACUACAGGUGGAGCUGCUGUUCCUGCCGCUGCUGCUUUUGUCGAGGAGGAACAUCUUCAGGGAACUGCAACAAAUGAUUCCACUACUGUGCCGAUGAAAAACGAGACACGCGAGGACGUAGUAGUAGAACCCGCUACGCUAGACCCGCGAUACGACCGGUGGGCGCCGAUUCGAAAGUUCGCGGUCAAGGAGCACACCAUCGGCAGGCCGAGGGAACUCACGGAGAAACGGUUUUCGAAGUACCCGAAACUGCAGCAAACCGAGGCGAAGCGCGUGAUCGCCCCGCGGCCGGGGUAUCAAAUGCAAAAAUGUCUGGGUCUGGAAGGAUGCAACUUGUCAUGCUGUCUUUGGAUUCGAAGAAAAUCUGUACUGCGUAAGCAGCGAGAGGAGUCCAGUUUCUGCUACGCGGAGGGGGUAUUCCUCAUGCGGUAUAGGCAUCAAAAAGCCGUCACAAAAUCUGUGAUGCUGGAUCAUGCAUUACAGGCGUCAUGGGUCGUGCAAAAUGUGCAUGACAAGUCUUCCAAUCUUCCAGACCCAGACAUUUUUGCAUUUGAUACGGGGCGCGACUUCGCGAUGUACUUUGGCGGGGAGCACUAUGGAAGUGUCAGAAUCGAAAUUGACAAAAUCGAAAUAAUUUGUCAUGCAUAAAAUGGAUUCCAGUUCGAACCCAGUUUCUAAGUGGCGCAUCACAAAUUCUGGUGGUGCCUGCUAAAUCCAGUUUGUAAUGCUGUUUAGGCAAAGAGGACUGAUUCUCUCAUGCUGCUUUAGCAGCUCUAGCUAGAACCCCAAACAGGCUCACAAUCGGCCUCACUUGCCUGCUCUGCAACACACGUAUUUCGCGUCAUUCAUUUCAUGCAUCACAAAUUUUUCGAUUUUGUCAAUUUCGAUCCUGACGCUUCCAUAAACACGAGCGGCCGGGAUCGCUGUGCCGCGCGGCCAUCCACCAAGGACCCUGGAAGACGGAGGAGUUUUUGCGGAAGGGCCGCGUCAGCUUCUUCUUCGCGGUCUUCGACUGGGCCUCGAAUCCGAAGUCGCCGUGAGUUUCAGAUUGAUUGAUCAGUGUUGAAUAUGUAAUCGAGGAUCGACAGACUCUUGUAGCUUGUUAAACGGGCGCGGCUCAUGUACAAUUUUAUUCACAACCGGUUGGGCUUUAUUAUUAUUUUGGACCCAAGAUUGUACCAAAACUUAAACUAUUCCCCUGCUGAUGUACACAUGUAUGGUGCACACGAGAAGUAAGUUGUACCCCCUGGUAUAAUAAUUCUAGUACCUGCAAGAAAACCUCUGGCGUUUUAUGUCUUGGUUUGCUGCAGCUAGUCUACCUCCUCAGUAUAUUUCUACCCUUGUAGUUCUUUACUGCCUCUGUGAAAAGAACCUUCCGAAGAUAUUAAUUUCUCUCGUCUUCGAAAUGACCCUAAACCAGUCCGUACGACGCAGGCUUGCAAGUGUAAGUAAAGACGCAAUUCGGACUGAUUAUAAAAAGUGGAGCAUGUUCGUCGUGUGUGCACGAACAGACAACUACACUCUGGGCCGUGUACAAUAGUUCGGGCAUGCACGACGAAGAUGGUGAUAAGAGCUUUUAUUGAAGACCCUAUAGCCUAUCGAAGUCUACUUCAUGAACAUCAAUGUAACAGCCGCAGCCCCCGUUGUGGAAGACAUGAUGCACAGCAGGUUCUUUAUUUCAACGUAGUCUGCGCCUGCGGGUCGUCCGCGGUCGCAGCUACUACGUGCCUACUAGCGCCACCAAGUUACUGACUAACUCUGGAAGGCGGAAAGUGACUAAUGGAUUCAAAUCGCGUCGGAUUCAUCGAUCUGAUGCGGUCGGGAUCAUGAAACUUUAUUGCCAGAAAGAAAAACGAAAAGUAGAUUUGCACUACCGGGUUUAAGUAUUCUGGCCGGGAAGAUGGUUUCUGCGCACUAGCGCAGGAACCUCUCCGAGGAAGUACAUGCAAAAAACUGAAGAAGUGCUGACACAUCUGGACCGCGCUAGCGCUCCUGCUUGUAAUGCCG